AUGGAAGGUUUUAAUAAGAAGGUUAUGAUGAAUUCAAUGAAAAUUCCAUCCGAGAGAAGUACCUUGGAGAAGAAACUUGACAAGCUUAUAUUAACUCUGUUCAGUGUUCUCUUCUGCAUAUGUCUGUUGGGUGCCAUAGGCAGGUUGCUUUUAGAACAAAAAGUCUUCCACCCCUACAUCAAUAACAAUGGAAGCAUAUGCCUUGAUAUUCUUAAAGAACAAUGGAGCCCAGCAUUGACCAUAUCUAAGUUCUUGAAUGGAUUUGAUUGUUCUCCUUCUCUUAAACUCUCUGUUUUCUUAUCUGAUAUUAUCUUCCCUUCUUCCCGCGUCGCAGGAGCUGGGAGCCGAAUCUAUUCCACACUAUUUUUGAUUUCCUUAGCUGGGUUUUUGGCAGUAGUAAUGCUAUUAAUCCCAGGCUUUAUCGUGCCCUUCGAAGAAUUCUAUGGAGACGGGAAAAAAGAUUGUACUGAGGCUGGACUUGUUGCACAUGUGAAUUAG